AUGAUGCUUCAUGAUGGUUAUAUCUAUACUGUAGAACGUACAAUGACGACGAAAUUAAUUCUUCGGUGCCAGAAUCGCGAUUGUAAAGCUCGUUGUCAUACUAAUUUAUCAAUGGAUGCAAUUCUCUCCCAACCAACAACCCAUUCCCAUGCUCCACAACCUGAUCGUGUUCCAGCUAUUCAAUUAAAAAAUGAUAUUAAAGCUCGUGCUGUGAUAACAGAUGAACCAACCAGUUCAAUUAUUCAUUCCGCCUUACGUACAUAUCCAUUAAGUGCCGCUGGUGAACUUCCAAGAAAUGAAGCACUUAUGCUAAUGAUUAGACGACAGCGUACUGUUGAAACAGUCGAUGUUAAUGGUCGUUUACCAGAAAGAUUAAGAAAGACAUAUCGUGAUGAAGAUUUCAUCUUGCACGAAGACAAAAAUUUAAUUAUAUUCACAACAAAAACUAAUUUAUCCAUUCUUAAGCAAAACAAACAUUGGUUCGCUGAUGGAACAUUCAAAGUGUGUCCUGAUGAUUAUUAUCAACUCUUCACAUUACACGCGAUGAUGACCAAUGCAAUUAUUCCUCUCGUCUAUGGGUUAUUAAUUGGUAAAAAUUCAGAAGAUUAUAAUUUAUUUUUCGAAAAAGUUUUAGUACAAGACAACUUCCAACCUGAAUCAAUUAUGACUGAUUUCGAAACUGGCACAAUCAAAUCAGUGAAAGAUAUGUUGCCAAAUGUGUUACACAAAGGUUGUCUCUUUCAUUUUUCACAAGCGGUAUGGCGACAACUUCAAAGCAAAGGAUUAACAACCAAAUAUAAUGAGGAUGAGUAUUUUCGCUUAAAUGUAAAAAAAUUAAUUGCUCUUGCUUUUGUUCCACUAGAUCAAGUUAUCACUGGCUUUGCCUUAAUUUGUGAUCAAUUCGACGAUGACACCGACGAUUUACUCGAUUAUUUUGAAAAAACAUGGAUUGGUGAAAAAAGAAGAAGAGGAGCUGGUCGAAAGAAUCCUCAAAUCGAUCAUAAAUUAUGGAACGUUUAUGAUCGUGCCGUCGCUACGAUACCUCGAUCCAAUAAUUCGGUGGAAGGUUGGCACAAUACAUUUGCUAACCGUGUUGCAUUAAAUCAUCCAAAUAUUGUGAAAUUGGCGGAGAAAAUUCGUCGUGAACAAUCAAAAUUUGAAGUGGACAUGGCGAAGAUUCUUCAAGGUCACAUUAUUAAGACGAAAAAGGCCUGCUAUCGAAAAUUGGACGAACGUAUUAAUCGACUGGUCAACGGAUUCGACGCAUCUCAACUGGAUGAAUUCUUAAAAAAUAUGGCAGCCAAUGUUACUCUGUAG